AUGGACCUGUCGAUCUCUGCCGGGUCUGCGUUAUCCAACAGCUCGACUCCUAUUCCGACGCAGCCCCUCAUGCAUAUCCUACCCUCCGCCCUGCUCCUAGGCUCCUUUGCCCUCCAAGCCGUCCUUGGCCGUCCCAACCUCAUCGGCAAACGAGAUGUCGACGACUUUGUCGACUUCGAGACACCCAUCGCCCUCGAGAAGCUCCUGUGCAACAUAGGUGCUGAUGGAUGUGCUGCUGCGGGUGCAGCGCCCGGAGUGGUCAUUGCCUCCCCAGACAGGGCGGAUCCCCCGUACUUUUUCACCUGGACUAGAGAUAGUGCCCUCGUCUUCAAGAGCAUUGUGGACAGGUUCACGGAUCAGUAUGACGCCAACCUCCAACGCCUUAUUCAGGAGUUCGUGGGCGCUCAAGCCAAGCUCCAGGGUGUUUCCAACCCAUCAGGCUCCUUGUCAGAUGGGCGAGGCCUGGGCGAAGCCAAAUUCGAGGUCGAUCUGACCGAGUACAUGGGUGCUUGGGGCCGACCUCAGCGUGACGGGCCAGCCCUGCGAGCCAUCGCCCUGCUUGGAUACGCCCAAUGGCUUAUUGAAAACGGCUACGAGUCCACUGCCAACGACAUCGUCUGGCCUGUGGUCCGAAACGACCUCGAAUACUCCGCUCAAUACUGGACCCAGCCUGGCUUCGAUCUUUGGGAAGAAGUGAACGGACAGUCUUUCUUUACUGUAGCGAGUCUGCACCGAGCACUUGUUGAAGGCGCCUCGGUCGCCAGGCAGCUAGGCAAGUCGGGAGACAAGUAUGCCAACAUCGCGCCGCAAAUUCUCUGCUACCUUCAGAACUUCUGGGUGUCCAACGGUGGCUACGUUGACUCGAACAUCAAUGUCAACGAUGGCCGCACGGGCAAAGAUGCCAACAGUGUCCUGGCAUCUAUCCAUCUUUUCGACCCAACCAUCGGGUGCAACUCUGCCACAUUCCAACCUUGCUCUGACCGCGCGCUUUCCAACCUCAAGGCGGUCGUCGACUCUUUCCGCUUCUACGGCAUCAAUAACGGCAUCCCUACCGGAAGGGCCAUCGCCGUAGGACGGUACGCUGAGGAUGUCUACUAUCAGGGCAAUCCGUGGUACCUCAACACACUGGCCGUAGCAGAGCAGCUGUACGAUGCCCUGUAUGUCUGGAAGCAGCAGGGAAGCGUCACCGUGUCGCAGACAUCCCUUAGCUUCUUCCGUGACCUGCUUCCCGGCAUCGCCACUGGAACGUACGCGAGCAACUCAGCUACCUACACAAGCAUCAUCACCGCCGUCUCAAACUACGCAGACGGCUUCGUUGCCAAGGUCCAGCAAUACACGCCCAGUGACGGCUCGCUGGCCGAGCAGUACUCUAAAUUCAAUGGGUCACCCGUUGGCGCCAGGGACCUGACCUGGUCCUACGCUGCCUUCCUGACAGCUACAUCCCGUCGCGCCGGCAUUGUGCCCCCGACCUGGGUGAAGGGGGCGAACCUGAACGUUCCAGGAACAUGCAGCGCGACCACGGCGGUCGGGUCGUACACCUCUGCCACCAGGACCUCGUUCCCGCCCAGCCAGACGCCCACAGACGGCGUUCCCAGUCCUACGAAUGGCGGCCCAACUCCUACCGGGUCUCCUGCGCCAUGCACGACAGCAACAUCCGUCGAUGUCACGUUCGAGGUGCGCGUCCGCACGCAGUUUGGCCAGACAAUCAAGAUCGUCGGUGAUGCCAGUGAGCUCGGUCAGUGGAACACUGGCAACGCCGUGGCCCUCAGUGCCUCCUCGUACACAAACGCGAACCCUGUCUGGAAAGGCACCGUGACUCUGCCGGCUGGCGCGCAGUUGGCCUAUAAGUACAUCAACGUGGGCGUCGACGGCUCCGUCACAUGGGAGAGCGACCCGAAUCGCCAGUACACUGUGCCCAAGACUUGCGAGACUACAGCGACGGAGAUGGAAACGUGGAGGUAA